AUGACACAGUUAAAUAAAAUAGUUGAACAUAAGCAUAGUAGUAAGAUAAAAUUUAACAAUUUAUAAGGGCAAUAGAAUAAAUCUCAUUUAAAAGAACAUAAAUAUAUAUUAAAAUUAUUUACAAAAAUUGUAUACAGGUUAUAUACAUUAUAAAAUAGAUCAACUUAUAAAAACAAAACAUUGUUACAGAUUAAAAGCUAGCAUUUCAUUAGCUAGCUAUUCUUUUAACAUUUGAUUUUUUACUUAAUCUUUCUCUUUUCCUUUUAUAAUAUUCUCCUUCAUUGUCAAAUCUUUUUUUGGCAAGAGAACUAAUAAACCGUUCAUGAAGAUCAAUAUUUUUGAAAAAUUCCAAGUGUUUUUUAAUAGACUCUUGUAUUUUCUCUAUAACAUUAGAAUCCGAUUGAGUACAGCCAUCAGAGUUGAUUUCAAAUAGUAACAAUGGCUUACAUUCAUUAUUUAAAAUAGUCCAUAAUUUUCCUGGUUCAUUGAGUUUAAAACAAAGAGGGGUAUAAUCAGUUUCCACGACUUUCCACAAUUCACAAGAAAUAUUGGCUCCUGUGUUUUUAAUACAGUGUAUCAAUACUGAAUUAACCCUGAACACUGAUGAAAUUAAUAAUGAUGAGUUUGAAUCAACAGCUGAAACCAGACCUCUAUGAGAAACAAUCUGAGAAAUCUCGUCUUUCUUCAGGUUGGAGAUAUCAUCUACAAGAGAAUGUACUAAUAGUUCAGCCCCAACUUCAUAUGACCAAAAUCUAAUUGUACCAUCGCCUCCUGAUGAAACUAACACUGAUGUGUCAUGAGGAAUCAGCUGAACAUAUGUAAUAAAAUCUUCAUGGCCCAAACAAUAACUAUUAAUGACAUAUGAUUUUGGGAACAAUGAGACUCUUAUCUUCUCAUCUCUAUCACAAGUUAUGAUAAAUUUUUCAUCAGGAGUCACUAAAACAUCUAGGAGCAUAGAGACAUGGCCUAGCAACAAGGAACCAGGUGCACUGAAGUCUGCCAGAAGAUGGAGGUAAACAUCACCACUUUUAUCAGCAACAAUUACAUUGUUUCUAGGUGUGAACAAAACCUUAUUAGCCGACCUCUGAAUAGUCUUUUUUCCAAUCAAUUUCCAAUCACUAACAUUCCAUAGGCUUAAAUAUUUAUGACAACAACACACAAAGAGUUUCUCACAAGACGAAAAUGAAGAAGACACUAUAGGGGCAUUUCCAUCAAAUGUCUCACAAGAGUUUUCGGACGCAUUUUCCUUCACUAAGUCUGUAUGUCGGUGCAAUUCAUGAACACUAAAUGAAUUAGAGUUUAAGUCAAUAGCUAAUGUGUGUGUUUCAUUAGAUAUUGCUAUGUACUGCGAAGAGACUGAUAAAUCAAUCAUAUUUGUUUGAUAACGUAAAAUAAUAGAGAAAUCUUUAAUCAUAUAAACUAUUUAACUAUUUCUUAAUGAACAACAUCAAGUAUUUACUAACAUAGCACUCACGUGGGAACAGAACCUUCUUCUGAACCUAUUGACUGAAGCAUGACUGAUCGACAACGAUUUUUGUCGAUUUUAACCAACGCCCAUCAAUGAGCUCAGCGCUGAGUUUAGGAACUUGUCUUCAUUUGCUGUUUCAGUUUUGCAGUUGUUUAUAACUUGUACUUGUUUAUAACCUGUGUUUGAAUUGUUGACAGUCUGCUUUCCUCUGUUAAUAGAUAGGCUAUGUGUUUUGCUUGGUAUUACCAUGAAAUUUAUUUAAUUAAGCAGUAAUUCAAAAUGGGAAAAAGAUACUACUGUGAUUAUUGUGAUAGGUCGUUUAUUGACGAUGCUGAAAGUAGGAGAAAACAUUUAAAAAGUGUUAAUCACGAGAGGAAUAGAAAAUUACACUAUCUUAACUGUAGAGAUUUAAAAACUUUAGUAGACGAAGAAAGUAAGAAGGAAGAAUGUAGGAGGUUUAGAAGUACAGGGUAUUGCCCUUAUGAAGAAAUAUGCAAUUACACACAUUACUCUAAAGUAGAAUUGCAGAUAUUUGCUGCUGAAAUUGCGAAAAAAGAAAAAGAAAAAGCUGACAGUUUGAAUUUGCCAUGUAUGGAAGACUGGCUUAAGAAAAGAGAAGAUAAUUUAGGUAAAUGGAAGAAUUUCAAAUUCGAGCAGUAUCAUCCGCUUCAAACUUCUGGUGUAUUACUACCUCCUUCAUUACUUCCACCUACUUUAGAGCAAAUGCGUAAUACACAAUUUGAGAAGUGGGGUUGAUGGCUAUAAUUGUUUUUUGUGUAUUUAUAAAGUGUUAAUUAUUUGUAUUAUAUCUUAUUUAAAUAAAAUAAAUUUAAUAUAUUUAAAAAAGAAUGAAAGUCUG